AUACUUGGUCCUGUUAGCGUAGCUGUUAGCAAAGAUGGCGGACACUGUUUACUGUUUUGAGGUUAGUUUACACAUGUUGCAUUUCAGGUUCUAAUUUGUAAGUUUUCCUUUAUUACAUGUGUAUUUGUUUGUGACCCGUGGGCCAAUUCAUCAACAGCAUUUCUAAUAGGUAUUUCACUGUUGGCUGCACUUAUUUUGUAUUCAGUUGGUUUGUAUUUCAGAAACCAUGUCAUAUGCUCAAUCUCAGUAAACAGUGCUGCGUCCAUAUCAUCGUUGCUUCUAAUCGGGGCCCCCCAGGUUGAGAUAGACAAUGAUGGAAGAAAAGAGCAACACUACUUUUGCCAACGAAACAGGCCCUGAGCUGAAGAAAUGCGACUCGGACACUUUUCAGUGUCCGAUUUGCCAUAAAAAGGGGACCUACCCAAAACUUGUGGCUCACCUGCAGGGCCACAGACGGUCAAUUGUAGAGUAUGGUGGAUACAGCGUCUACAAAUGCCAGCUUGGCUGUGUGCAAAGCCACCAUUAUCACUGUGGCUUUUGCACAAAAGUCAUUGUGAGAAAGGAGUUUUUUGUCCGUCACUUCAAAAUCUGCUGUAAGACAAAAACCACAAAUACUACUGCAAAUUUGGCAUUCACAGUGACUCCAGCAUCCACUCCAGCAGCCAUGGUGACUCCAGUGUCCGCAGUGACUCCAGCGUCCACGGCGACUCCAGCUUCCAUUCCAGCAGCCAUGGUGACUCCAGUGCCCACGGUGACUCCAUCAGCCACGGUGACUCCAUCAGCCACAGUGACUCCAUCAGCGAUGGUGAAUCCGGCGUCCGCGGUGACCCCAGCAGCAGACCAUCGCAAAAAAACAUUGUUGGCGGCGCGCAAAAAAACAACAUGUUGUUUUUGUUGCAAACCAAUCCUUAGAAAAAACCUCAAAACACACAUUGAAAGGCAACACAAGGAAAAAUCAUCGGACAUAACAGCAAAUCACCACCUGAACUCUGUGUGUGUUGAUGGGAAAAGGGGGAUUUUUGCUGUGUCUAGAUCUUUCAAGGCUACUGCACACUAUAUCCAUGCCCAAAAAUGUACCUGGGGUAGUCACCGCCAUGUGUCCUGCCAAUUGGAGACAUGUAACAGGGCAUAUGACAAUGCACUGCCAAGUGGGUUACUGGAGUUUGACUGUGUCCAUGUUCGGUCGUUGGCAUUUAGUCCUGUGACCACCACACCAGCUGUUUCUCUUGAUGAUGGGGUUCUCACAGAAAUGCUGGAAAACAAGUGGUUAAGCCAAAACAGUGUGGCUGAAUGUCUGACAAGGAAACUGGCUGCUGAUGAUCAAGGUUCACCCCUGAGUGUGGUGGUAAACUUCGAAAAUGAACAGGGAUACAUUUAUUUUUCUGUGUUUGAGCCACACAUUUCAUUGUAUUCUAGAUUUGGGAGGGUCAUGGUCCACUAUGACAAUUCAGACAACUCAUUGAAUUGCCCCUGCUCAGAACCCUGGACAUUUUGCCCACACAAAGCCAUAUCAAAGUGGCACCUGCACCAAUUAAGGCCUGACUUCUUUGUACAAAAUAUGGAUUGUCAAGAAGACUCCUCCGAUGCACCCAUGGAAGAUUAUGCACCCAUGGAAGAUGAUGCACCACCCGUGGAAGAUGAUGCACCCGUGGAAGAUGAUGCACAUCCUGAACAUGGUCUUCUUUAUCCCCCGGAAGGAAAAGCACUGGUUGAAAUGGUGGAUUACCUAAUUUCACAUAAAGCCCUGCCAGCAAACCUUCCGAGGAAUUCGAUUUCAUCAGUGGAUAUGCCAAGGCACUUAGUUCCCAAAGAGAACUUCUGUCACAAAUGUCCCGGCAAAGUUCCUCUUUCUGGGGCGAUAGCCAUUUGCAAAAAUGCAAAGAUUGUAUCAGUCACUGGAAUUGUGGAGGGUAUAACUACAUAUUGUAAAUUAUGUGUUACAUGCAACACAUUUUAUCGAUACCAGGAGUGGACAGACGGGCUACACAAUUUUAACGAUGGUGUCAUUUUGACACACCAUUUCUGCCUUUUCCUAAGGAACUCUGUACAGAACCAUACAGCAGUGGCGAGUGCUGUGGCAGCUUUACAAGCCACAAACAAAGAUAAAUAUCCAGACCACGACUGCAUACUUCACGGGUACCUUCAUUUUGAAGCUCUUUCAGCACAUGAGUAUUCAUUCUCUUGUGCGAGUUGUGGAAACCAUCCUCCUGUUGUCAUCAUGGAUUUGCAUAAGAAGGGAGUCCUCAGUGUUCCAAUGAGUGACCUUAAAGAGCCCCCAUCUGACUUUAAUGGUGAGGUUGACAUGGAAGACUUUUGGCAUUCUGUCAGCCAGGAAAUUAUUUGCAGAGGCUUUGUGAAGAGCAAUGCUGCAAAUCCGUGUGUGGUAUCUCCAUCAUAUCACAAAUGGGCACCAUGGAUAGGUCCUCACACCAGAGCCAGCAAUAUGGUGUUUAACAAGGAAUACAAGAAGGUCAAAGGCAGUGAAGGAUCCAACCCGCUAAAGCAGGCAGAGGUGGAUAGAUUGACAACUGAAGUAAUGGACUUAAAGGUUGAUUUACUUCGGACUUUAGUAAAACAGUGUGGCCUUGAUUCAUCUGGAUCAAAAAUGGAUCUUAUCAUCCGCUUGAGAGAACAGAUGAAAGGCCGCAGUACCUAUGACAAGGUGUUUCAGAAGGUCUGGGGUGCAUCAGGUGGCUGGGCUGUGAUAAUGUGUCCCUGUGGUGUUGUGAGUUCAGUGAAGUUCAAUAUCCGAGCAGAAAGUCCACAGGAUUAUGCAGACAUGCUGCUCUCCUUCAAACACCUGCCAAAUGUAGUCAUGGCCUCACCUCAAAUUCUGGACUCCGCCAAGAAGUUUGAAAUGGAAAAAAAACUGCCCUGGCUAAAAUUGCGGAAGAGGCCUGCAGACAUAAAUGCACACCCAGGCACAGGAUCUGCAGAUCACUAUGCACUAUAUGACACAUUUCAUGAGGCAAACUCAUGUCUUGACUGCCUCAGAAAAGUUGGUCUUGUCCCAGAAAUCAGUGGAUGGGUGAAUUCCCAAACAGCGGAACAAUUGUUCUCAAAAAUGAGGAAAAACAAUCAUUUUCUGAGCACGAUGUCCCCAGGAAGCCAUGUCUUUCUCAUGAGAUGUAUGAUUCAUCAUCAUAAUCUGACAAUCAAUGAGAAGACACUAACAGGUCUUCAGGAAAUAUCGACCGAGGACAUUGCCACAGACAGGGCUGGACUGGAACCAGAAAAUAACCCUGGCCUUUUAGGCUUUUGUUCAACUGAAAGGAUAAAAUGAUUGUAAAACAAUGUUUUCUUCCUUUUACUCGAGGUUUGAUCAUCAUGAUUCUGAGUUUCUACUUGAUACAAAAGCAGAAAAGUGUAAAUGUGAGUCACAGGAACAAUGAUAAUGUAGUCACUUAUUUCGGUCUGAAUAAAUAAGUGAAGGACA